UGGGUCUGCGCCGAGUGGGCGGGCGGUUUCCUUUCCCCGCAGGGCUGGGCGUCCGCUGUCUCCCCGCGCUGCUGCCGAGGCCCCGCCGUCCGCGUCCUGGCCGUGUGUCCACACCCCAGACUGCGGACCGGCGCGCACUCUGUCUUCUUGCACGGAGCGUCGGAGGCCUGAGGAGGCCAGAAGCAAACUCCAGCCCUCCCCAGGCCUACUGCACGCUGAGGAAGCCGCAGGUGCACACCGGAUCCACGAGGCACAGAACCAUCCUGGCCCUCAGCAAGCCCCCUCUUCCACCAGGGCAGACGGCCUCAGGCCAGCAGGAAGACCAAGAAGAAGGAAGGGGGUGCCCUCCGGGCCCAGAGAGCCUCAUCCAAUGUCUUCUCCAACUUCGAGCAGACUCAGAUCCAGGAGUUCAAGGAGGCAUUCACACUCAUGGAUCAGAACCGAGAUGGCUUCAUUGACAAGGAGGACCUGAAGGACACCUACGCCUCCCUGGGCAAGACCAACGUCAAGGACGACGAGCUGGACGCCAUGCUCAAAGAGGCCUCAGGACCCAUCAACUUCACCAUGUUUCUGAACCUGUUUGGGGAGAAGCUGAGCGGUACCGAUGCCGAGGAGACCAUUCUAAACGCCUUCAAGAUGCUGGACCCGGACGGGAAAGGGAAAAUCAACAAGGAGUACAUCAAGCGUCUGCUGAUGUCCCAGGCUGACAAGAUGACGGCGGAUGAGGUGGACCAGAUGUUCCAGUUCGCCUCCAUCGACGCGGCGGGCAACCUGGACUACAAGGCGCUCAGCUACGUGAUCACCCACGGGGAGGAGAAGGAAGAGUGAGGCCCGGCCCGGUCAAUAAACCUGGACGGUCGGA